CUAUCUCCCUCCUCCCCAAACCAAAACCAGAAACCGGAAAAGACCAAAAAGCCCCUCCCUCCCUCCCUCCCUCCCUCCCUCUGCGCGAGUCGUCGCUGAUGGAGAUGGAGCCGAGGACGCCGGAGGUGGCGAAGAAGCUGUGGAGCGUCGUACGGACGGCGGCGUUCAUGAUGAGGAAGGGCUUGUUCUCCAAGAGCAAGCUCAUGGUGGACCUCCAAUUCAUGCUCAACCGCGGCAAGCUCGCCGGCAAGGCCAUCGGCAACCUCAUGCUCCACCACUACUACUCCUCCUUCACCUGCCGCUCCGACGACGACGUCGCCUGCAUCGCCUCCGCCUCCGCCUACUCCUCCUUCGCCCCUCGCGAGUACGAGUUCAGCUGCAGCAACACCCCCGCCAACAACCCCUUCUUCCCCAAGCGCGGCAAGCACCACCGCCACCGCCACCACCACGGCCGCCGCAGCAGCGGCCACCGCCACCACCUCGCGCCGCGCUACAACGACGCGGGGGCGAUCAGCGCCGUCCAGAAGGUGCUGGAGAUGCUGAACAGCGCCGACGUCGUGGAGGCGUCGCCCAUGCUGCUGCCCGGGUUCGGGAAGAGCCCCGCGGUGCGGCAGCUCCGGAUCACGGACUCGCCGUUCCCGCUGAAGGACGACGACGGGGACGGCGGCGAGGUCGACGUGGCGGCGGAGGAGUUCAUCAGGAAGUUCUACAAGGACCUGAAGCUGCAGAAAACCAUGGCCCCGGUGGAGUCCCCGUAUCAUUAUGGCAUGUGGGGCUGAACCGACGGCGGCGGCAGCGGCGACGUUUUCCGACAUGGUGCUAGUUUUUCUUCCUUAACGGUCGUGGAUCUCCACGAAUGUUCUUUCAUAAGGGUCGCCGUCGGCCGGGCGGGGGGCAUCAAGCAUGAUUCGGAUGCAUUUCCACAAGCCCUGAUGCGGCAAAAAUGCCGAAACAUACGAAGAUCGGAUUACCAAAUCGGUUUAUGACGGGGGAGAAACGCGACCCCGACCUUACCGGUCGUCCAAAAAAAAACCGUUCGGAUGUCCGCUCACGGUUCGCAUGGUCUCUCUUCGUAAACCCGCUUUGGUCAACCGAUCUACGUAUCUUUUUAGCAUUAAUCGACUCGAAAAAUGCUUUCGGACGGCGGCGGCGAGGCUGCUUUGCUUAUGUAAAAAAAAACAAAAAAAAUUGGGCCAUGGCAUGGAGCUAGCACUCUCUAAAUUGCAACAAGCUUGGAGGAGUUGGUUUUUUUUCCUUCUUUCUAGGCUUUUUCUUCUUUUCUGUCUUUCAUUUUUGGCAAUUCCUCCCUUGUUGCCUACUGUCGAUAAUAAAAGGAAAAGGAACCGGAGAGACGUGGAUUUCCCCUCUCGAAUCUUAGCCUUAUUUCCUUCUGGCGAUGCCGGAAAUGUCGGGUUCGAUAAUGGACGUGAUCAUACCGAGCGAAACCGCACGUACCAUGCUUAUUUCGAGAGAGGCCCGAUCGCAAUCCGGCACCGGACAGCAACGAGGCAAGUCCCGUGCAGUGGCGGGCGACGGCGACGGCGUCGGGUGCGGUAGUAGCCUAUAGAGGUUGGUGAGGAAAAGAAGAGGUGGUGGUGGUUGCGUAACUCUAGUGGUCGAAAUUCGGCUGCCUAGUUGGGAGGUCACUUCGGGAAGUGGUACUGAAAAAUUAAAUGAGGGAGGGAAGGAAGCAUGCACGAAUACGACGACGUCGUUCAUCGGCGGUGGCGAGUCCUGCGAGUUCUCCCCCCACUUCCGUGGAUAAUUCAGGAACAGAGAAUCUGGGUCUGGUCGGAAUGAUGUUUCUGGAUCAGAAUUUGCAGGGAAAGAUGCUCUGUACUAUGUAUCAUGUA